AUGGCGGUCCCACCAGGCCAAAAGAUCUACACCUUCCUAGUGACCGUCAUACCAGACGCCUUCCCUCAUCUAUUACUGCAAGUUGAUUGUCAUAGGCUUUCAGACGGGAGAAACCGCUCUUCUCCUCUCGCUGUUUCAGUGGCGAUACCUGGACGCCAGCUACCAGUCACCACUACUAACAAAUGCCCCCAUCAGCUUUCCACCAAAGAAAAAUCAUGGGCUCUUUGCAGCACCGUGGCGCAGGGUUCCUGCCGUGGCACGUUUCUCAACACUUUUAUCCGCUCAUUUGCACUUCGACUAUAUCAUCCCUUUAUACCCGCUUCCUGUUCUACCAGACCCUCUCACGAGCUCAAUACCCGUUCCUCAGAUCGAACUCAACAAUGUCGAAUCUGCGACCACUUUCCUGUUCGACGGUGUGGUGUGAGGCUGCUCCUCAUCAGUGGAGCAACUUUGCACGGGAGCUCCCGCAACCUCAUCAAGACAUUUUCCUUAUGCAGUAGGAGAUAUGUCACGAGUUGUAACAGACAGGUGGGGACAAUGGAAACAUGCUGCGAAGGGCCGUUUACCCAUCCGGAGCAGCUAUUUGGAUUCAUUGACGCGCGUACAGAUCACAUACCGAAGGACAUACAGAAAAGAUCCACCUACAAUCCCCCAUUCUCUGACCAUCUAACCAGCGCUACGGAUACGGAACUCGAAUUUUCUACCAGCAAAGCUGCAUCGUUGGCAUUCGUUCCCGGCACAAGCGUCUCUCUUUCGACUUCAGCACCUUGCUCGACGGGCCCGCUCUCAUCGCGUCUACCGCUUUCGACAGGCCCGUCUAGUUUCAGUCCCUCUUCCACGGCUCGCGUAGACUCCACGUCGUCAAAAAGCGGCAGUGUCAUUUUCCACACGACUUUCACGUGGAGCUUCACGACGGUAACGGGCGGAACAGGAACAGGUAGCUCGUCUAGCUUAUAUUACAACACCUCAUCUACCUAUUACAGGAACACGUCCACCCUUACCACCUGUACUAGCGCCGGCAGCUCCUAUGUCCUGCCUACCAAUCCAACCGCUCCCAUUCUCUCUACCGGUCCGCCGUCGGAAUAUAGUACCGGUUAUGGCUCGUCCGCAACUCCGCCUUACGCAAACAGUACCAGCACUUCCGCUUCAUCCACAAUCUUGGUGACCGGUACUGGUACUGGUACUGGAACAGCGCCAACCUACUUGAGCUCUGUUGCGCCUCCAUAUACAAACAGCACAGGUCCAUGCAGCACGAGUACACCCUUUGGCAGUACCGGACUACCUCCAAUCCCCACGCUCACUCCAAUCAGCUCGCUUUACACGAACAGCACAUCGAGCUCCAGCACAAGCUGUGCAAAUGGCACUUUGAGCAUCAUCGAGCCUACACCGACUAGCGAUUCCAGCUCGUCUCUGCCUUUGUCUACGGGAGCGACGUCACCUUAUGCGUCUGGUACGGGCGCGCUGUCCGGUCUCAGCACAACGGGCAUUUGGACCAAUUGCACUUUCGACCUGCCAUCGUCGACAACCACCGACUAUGAGUCUUCUCCUACCACCGAUAUCGGGGACCCUUCAACAACGACUCCAGGACUCCCUUCAGAUUCCACCUCCUCGACUUCGGAUACCAUCUCCUCCUACACCAGCCCUGAUGCCGCAACCACAACCAUCAUUAUCACAGUCACGGUUCGCCCGCCAGAAGAAUCCUCGACGACGAGCUCAGAAACGGAGGUACCCAUCACGUCCCCUGAAGAGUCCAGCACCGUAACAGAUGCGACAUCAGCCUGGUCUUCUUCCCCGACCACGACGAACGGGUACGCAACGUACAUCACGCUUACCCCCAUUGAGAGCUCUACGUCGGGUUUGGACGGACCGUCCAGCUCGUUUGGAUAUAGUAUCUCGACGUCAACGUAUCUGCCGAGUUCCACAGACGAUGUCGUUGAACCGUCAUCGUCGCCGUCCUCGUCGGACUCUAGCACCUCGCCACUUUCUACGACGAAUACAGAUGCUACGGCUACUUCAUCAGCGUACAAUUCUCCCACGGAUACUUUCGUCCUGAGUCCCUCGCCCUCGACGCAGAUAAGCACAAAUACAGACGCCACGGCUACCUCAUCAGCGUACAAUUCUCCCAGUGAUACUUUCGUCCUGAGUCCCUCGCCUUCUACGCAGAUAAGCACGAAUACCGACGCCACGGCUACUUCCUCUCCUUCUUCCUCUCCCUUUCCCUCUACCUACUCCACCCCACCCACGGACACGAGCACCUACUCCGUACCCUCCCCCUCGUCGAGCAGUCUCGCUUCCAGCGUCUCGCCAUCUACAUUCCUCACGAGCGUGAGUUCGACUUCCGACUCUAGUAGUUCGGGGUACAGCGCUCCUACGUUGGAGGCGGGGCGGGAUAUGGGCGUUAGUGGGAUGAGCCAGAGGAGAUGGUGGGGAUGGGGAGGGGAGCGUGAUAGGGAGGAUAGGGAGGAUGAGAGGGUGAACGUCGUGAGUUUGAGAGAGGGAGAGGGAGAGGAGGGAAACAUGGAGACCGGAGAACAGGGUGAGUCGUUGAAUAAGGCGCCGGAGGAUGGGGAGCGCGAUGUAGAGCACGGGGACAUGUUGGCAGAGGGGAGGAAAGAGUCUGGGAAGAAGUCCCGGCUCGGGCGACGCCUUGUGGGGAUGUACUUCCUCUAA